AUGGCAGAUUGGGGGCCUGCGGCGGCGUUCUGGCGGUAUCAGCCGCAGGUAGAACCAGACAGCGGCAGGCGGUAUCCGGGGGAAAGGACCUCAACGACUUUUGCGCGACGGGAGGAGAGGGUGGGAGAGAUUUCAGAUGGAAAGGACCAGAGGGCAGCCGGACGAUGCAACCUCGUUCGCAAGGAAGACAUGCGGGACGGGGAGGAGAAGGAGGAGCAGGACCACAUGCGGAGCCAGACCUGCAUUGAGAUGGAGUCGGAGAAGCAAUGA